UCGGGCCCCGGUACCGGCGUCGCCUACCGGCUUCAGCCAGACGAUCAUGGCAGCUCGGUCCGGUCAGAGGGCGCUGGCCAGGGUGGCGUCGGGGUGCCGUCCGAAGUCGACCACCGUGGCGGAAGCCCCGGCGCGGGGACCUGCGCGCAACGUCAGACACUUAGCUUCCUGUGGUAUACUGAUGAACAGAGCGCUUCCACCGCAUGCCUCAGUUGUGCCUAAAGAGAUCUACGCAAGAACUUUCUUCAAGAUCACUGCGCCACUAGUAAAUAAACGGAAAGAGUAUUCAGAGAGAAGGAUUAUCGGAUACUCAAUGCAGGAAAUGUAUGAUGUGGUAGCAGGAAUGGAGGAUUAUAAGCAUUUCGUUCCUUGGUGUAAAAAAUCAGACAUACUAUCUAGGAGAGCUGGCUAUUGUAAAACUCGAUUAGAAAUUGGGUUUCCACCUGUUCUGGAGCGAUACACAUCAAUCGUAACCUUGGUCAAACCACACUUAGUAAAGGCAUCUUGUACCGAUGGGAAACUUUUCAAUCAUUUGGAGACGAUUUGGCGUUUUAGCCCAGGUCUUCCUGGCUAUCCGAGAACUUGUACCUUGGAUUUUUCAAUUUCUUUUGAAUUCCGCUCACUUCUGCAUUCCCAGCUCGCUACCUUGUUCUUCGAUGAAGUGGUAAAACAAAUGGUAGCUGCCUUUGAAAGAAGAGCGUGUAAAUUGUACGGUCCAGAAACAAGUAUACCUCGGGAGCUAAUGCUUCAUGAAAUCCACCAUACCUAAAAUGAAAUAAGAACCGGCACCACCUCCUUUUGACCCGUUUGUUCGCUUUAGGAAGUCCCUUUAUCGUCUGUUCAAAGUCAGAAAGCAUUUGUUAAGCCUGCCUGGACUUUAAGCCUGCUCCACUGAAAAUUUGUACAUUGAGUACAGACCCACCUGUACGUAGAAUUAUUUCUUCAAUCAAGUGCAACUCAAAGUAAUGUGUACAUUUGCAGGUUCUGCCUUUGUGAUAAUAAUGGUGUCAUCACUGUUGCUAGGAUACCGCAUCCCUCACUUGAGGGCAGAGUGAAACUGGCCCCUUCCAUGAAAGGUUAGCUGAGAUAGAAUGUGUUACAUUAACCGUAUCAUGUUUAAGUUAUUAGGUUCAGAGGAUUUGUAACUUAUUGUUUUUGGGCCUGCCAUACGGCUUAGGAUAUUUGAGUAAUCAUAUAUUUAAUGUUAAAACUUUGAUUUAAAGUACCGCUAAUGAAGUCUUAGCACUUUGGGUAAUUUAAGCUGUUCUUAUGAAUAGCAGUAGAUAACUCAGUGCUGUUGGGAAGCUGCUUUCCAGAGACACUUUUGCUUUUUGUUUUGUUUUUAUGUUUUUGGUGAGUGGUCCAGAGUGCCAAGCUAAUUUUCCAGACAUUCAAAACCUCCCCUUGGGUGCUUGCCUGCACUUUCAAAAUGCUGACUGCGUGUCAGAAUCUGGUUUGCCAUGGCAGGCAGCAGACGCCAGUCAGCCGAUACCCCCAGCACUGCACGUCCCCAUUUUCUAUUUAUUGUGCAUAUUCACUUGCAGUAGUAUUCUAAACUGAUAUUUUUUUAAACAAUCAAUGUAAGUACUGAAGCCAUGACUUAAUAAAGUUAAUUUGUUUAUUUUUGUA